AUGGAGUCUGCCUUGAGUCUCAAACCCAUCAUCAACGUUGCUGCCAUCUGUGGUUCCCUUCGCAAAGCCUCCUUCAACCAUGGCCUCAUUCGCUCCGCCAUCGAUUUGACCAAGCAAUCGGUUGAUGGAAUGGCUAUCGAGUACGUCGACAUAUCACCUUUGCCGAUGCUCAACACAGAUCUCGAGAUCGACGGCAAAUAUCCGCCAGCAGUCGAGGUUUUCCGGCAAAAGAUUUUUCAAUCCGAUUGUUUCCUCUUCGCUUCUCCUGAGUACAAUUACUCCGUCACUGCACCUUUGAAGAACGCAAUCGAUUGGGCAUCCAGGCCGCCGAAUGUCUGGGCUGAUAAGGCUGCUGCCAUAGUCAGUGCCGGUGGUGGAUUUGGUGGAGGGCGGUCACAGUAUAUUCUCCGGCAAAGCGGUGUUUACCUCGAUCUUCAUUUCAUUAACAAGCCUGAGUUCUUCCUGAAUGCGUUCGAAUCUCCUCCUAAGUUCGACGAUGAAGGCAAUUUGAUAGAUGCUGCAGCUAAAGAGAGGCUGAGAGCUGUUCUUCUAGCACUGAAAGCUUUCACAUUGAGACUUCAAGGCAAGUGA